AUGUCAUCAUCGUCGCAAGCAGCCGCAAGCGCCGUGCCGGACACACAGCUCGGACUGACAAAUGAAGAGAUUCAACUGCUCCGCCAUGGCCAGCAGGCGGUGGCGGCAGGCGGCUCGACAUCAUCGCGCGCGGCAAGCCGGGCUUCGUCUCAGGGCUUGCUUAUGAUCGACAGCUCGUCUCUGGCUGCGUUGGGCCACCACUUCGACCGCGUAAUGCAACAUAUCCAGCAGCAGCUCGAAUAUCUCAUGGAACAGUCGCAGGUAGUAACGAUGCAGGUAUACGACCGUGCUGGUACCCUGAUCGACAACGCCGACGCCGAAAUAGCCCGUUUUCACGAGAUAAUGCGCCAGAUCGACGAACUAGAGCUCGACUUUGAUCGCAUUAGCCAUAUUCGCGAUAUAGUGCGCGACUUUCGUCGCAGGGCUGAGGAGCUGGAGCGCGAGCUGGAGCGAUCCAGCGCAACUCAGGACGGCACCGGGCAUAAGUAA